CCGCUCCAUUUUGCUCUUCACGCAAGCACCUCACACAUUCCAACAUCACACAACCUUGCGUCAAUUUCGCGAAAACCCGGCACCCUCAAAUUCAUCGCUCCCUUCCGGCCUAAGAAACAUUUUUUGCUGUUGAUUUCUUCUUCCUCCUUCCGCAAUGGCGGUUCGUCGCUCCGCACGCCUCAGGAGCCUUCAGCCUGUCGAGGACACUCCAGAGCAGCCCAGUAACGCUAGCAACAAGCGAUCAAAACCUAAUCACAACAACAAAACACCGCAGAAGAACCUCGAGCCCGUGAUCGAGCGCGAAGAACCUACCCUUCCCAACCCUCACCGCACCCCCACCUCAGCCGUCAAGAUGCGCACUCCCAAGAGCACACACUUCCAGAAAUCCUCCCCCACUAAGACUCCGACCACCUCCAUAACACGCCCAACUCACAACGAAAUGCACCCGAGCAAAGUCCACCAGAGCACAACCAAGCAGCCCGACUCGGGCCUGAUCCUCGGAUUCGGCCCGGUCAAGAAAGACGCCCAGGGCAAUGUUGUAAAGGAGACUCCCGCCCAAAACACGCCGAGCAAAACAAACGCGUCGCCUUCGUCCGCGUAUUACGGCACACCCGCGUUCGAGUUCAAGUUUUCGUCCGAAGAUUCCCAACUCAGCGAUGAAGCGAAGAAGCUCAUGGAGAGCCUGCGUGAUGAUGUCGCCCGGUGCAGGGCACAGAUGGUCAAGGGGAAGACCGUGUCUACCGCUGUGCAAAACAUCGAACGCAAAAUCGCGAAGCCCAAGGGUAAAACUAGCAGAUUCUCGGACGUGCACAUGGCCCAAUUCAAAAAGAUGGAUUCUAUCGCCAAUCAUCCGUCCGCGUUCCGUGCUACACCUGAUCGGUUCAAGCCGGUAGACAAGACCCUCAAGAGAACUAACUCCAAGGCGCGUUUGAAUGAGGCUGCAAGCUCUUCGCCUUCUAAAGCUGCGGACGAAUCUGCUCCGGAAACUCCUGCGGCGAAGCGUGUCAAGCACGAUAAGCCUGAGGUCUCCUCUGCAAAUCGUCCCCGAUCGGCUAGGCCAGCUGCGUCUCGUCCCAGGUCUAGCAUCCGCAGCUCCCUGCUCACACCGACUCGUGCUUCUUUGGCCCGUGCGUCUGUCAGCUUGAAGCCCAGUCGCACUAGCAUGAUUCCUUCUCUCGGUCGAUCUCCUCUAUCUAAACAGAUUGAUGCUCCAAGCACUCCUCGCACGGAAUUCAACCCACGCUUUAAGAGCAGCAUUCCCACCUUGAGCAAUCUUAAAUCAAUUCUCCGCCGUCGCGAACCUUUGUUCUCGAAGGACCCCUCCAAGAUUGCUGCUGGCACACACCAGGCAGCUCCCGACUUCACUCCCGAUCUUCUGCUACGGCCAUCUCGCGAGAGCUCGCCCUCUGGAACACCCUCUCCCAAGAAGCGGGUCGAGUUCACCCCUUUCGCCAAGCCUCGCGACACCGAGGAGAUCCUCUCCCCUUCACCCUCCAAGAUCCCUACCACCACUUUCACAUUCUCAACCACAUCCGACGUGGUCUAUCCCACUUUGCCGACGCUGACCCCCGAGCGUGGCAGCGCUCACAAACCCACACCUGUGCGGCCGGUUCGUCCCUCAGAGGUGCCCGUUGAAGCCACCCUCCCCGAAGUCCCCGGCAUGCCCCACGGUAUUAGCCACAAGAAGAGACAUCGGGCUACCGAGGACGACGCCGACCGUGAAAACGUCCCACCUGCCGAUGAGUCUGCGAAUGAACGCAGCGUAAAGCGUGUCAAGAUCAGCUCGCCCUCGCCAACCAAGGUGAUUGCUUCCAGCCCACUCAAGUCUCGUUCGCGCACUCCUCUCCGAUCCACCUCUGGCAGUCGCACCGGAACCCCAGCCAGUGCCCGCGCCAAGUCCCGCAUGCUCAGCAUGAGCAGACUCAACCUGCUAGCCCAGCCCAAGAGCCGGCCUUGAAGGAUCACUGAACAUAACGAUUGCAUUUACAGCGUUCAGGAUUAGCAUGUACCUUGCCGAGUCGGUUCAGGUGUGCGCCCAAGCCGCCUUGUGUAUUUAUUACUUCUUGAUUUGAUACCUUGGUCCCGUUGUGGCCUUGCUUCUUGUUGAUUCUUCAGGCGCUUGGAGCAUCCGGUCUGGUAGCCAGGAUUGGUGGCGUUUUCUUUUUCUUCUAUCUGUCAGAGUAUUGAAAUUGCCGGAUUGCCUUCUAAUAUGAACAUAACGCUUUUCGAGACUUGACCUCUAUAAAUACGGCGAGGCAGAUGUCACGCCCUCGUACAUUUCGAUCCCGAAUAGCAAUACCUAAAGCACGGCGUUCCCGUCAUGCCAUGUGGACCUGCUACUUGUUACCAUUCAACCCUACCGUCGGCUUCCUGCAGAUUGAACGGUCUAUGAGAACCCGCUCAACACUCGCGCUCACUCAGCGUUGGACCCGUGACCGAUGAUCCCCAACUGUCGAGUUCCAAAGAUAAUAUCCCUCCCUGACUCCUUGGCCUGCCACGGUAGCCAUCAUGAUGCACUCAGCCCUGACUACCCGCUCUCGUUACCUCCGCGUCCGAGGCUCGGAGCCAAGAGGGUCGCUUGCACGCUCCACCACGCCUUAUCGACCGUGCGGGGAGGCCAUCCAAGACGAGGGCCCUGAAUCGGGGCUUCUGGGUGGAGGAAGAGAGACGGAGCGAAACAGCCUGCAGCACUCGUCCUAGUAGGUCCACGUUGGAAACUGUUUUGUGGAUAGAUGGGCCCGUUCGGAACGACGGAACACCUUCCUGAAUCGGACUCCGCAACUCCGAGCUGUUGUAUGAUGUAGUGGGGUUUUUGGAGACGUCAUAGAAGCUGCUUCAAGUCCAUUCUUGUUCCACGUGUUCUGACUUUAAUCUUUCAGAGCCGCCGUUGACUUGCUUUUUUAGCAUAUGGCUUCAAUUGAAGCCCGUGCGAUUCAACCCUAAUCAAUUGCGAAUAUGGCGAUCCCGCAAACCAUGAAGGCAUUGCGCCUGGUCAAGGUGCGUUGAAUGAAGCCGUGUACUUAUCCUACUGCAUGAGCCUAAUAAAUCACAGUAUGGAGAGCCUUACAAGCUACAAGAAAUCCCCACCCCCACAAUCACAGAUAACGACCUAUUGAUCAAAGUCGGGGCCGCCGGCUUCUGCCACACAGACUACCAAGUCUACAAGGGGACAUACCAAUCCCCCUGCCCGCUAACAGGCUCGCACGAGCCCGCCGGAACAAUUGUCGACGUCGGCAAAACCGCCGCGGCGUCCGGAUGGAAGAGAGGGCAGCGGAUCGGGAUGCUGAAUUUCCGGCACGCGUGUAAGGCUUGUGUCGGGUGUAGGGUUGUCCAGCAGGACACACAGCGUCCGGAUAUCCGCUUCUGCGAGAAGAAGGAUAUGGCGGGGGUUACUGCCGAUGGCGGGUUCGCCGAGUAUGUUGUUGCGGAUGCGGACACCACUGUUCUACUGCCUGAUGGGUUGGAGUUUGAGCAGGCGGCGCCGUUGAUGUGUGCUGGUGUGAGUUAGCUUCUUCUUCUUCUUCUUCUUCUC